GAAACGACGACGCUAAAAAACUACUCAACAAUAUAAGGCACGACUCGACGUGUUUUCAAAGCCUUAUAUAGGAGUGUGUAUAUAUAUAUAGAUAAUAGAUACAUAAGCCAAUUUGUAUAUCUAUAUGUACUUGCCUUUUUCUCUCUCACUUCUGCGUUAUUAUUCUUUUCUCUCUCUUAAUUCUUAAAACCCUCCGCGAGCCGUCUGCCUUUUGCAGAUCGGGGCACUGGUUGCCUACGCCAUUCCUACGCUUUCUCGGUCUAGUUUCUCUCUCUAGGUUCUACGCAUGAGUACGCUGUCGUAUUGGUCGGCGAAGUUUUGGUUCAAUUGGAACUGUAGACAAGAGAGGCAAAAAAAUCUUUAUUUAUCAUACUCGCUUUUUUCUCUCUCUAGUCUUACUCUCUCUCGCUAGAUAAAUUUUUGGUUUAUAUGUUUCGGUGAGUUUCGAUGUCGUCUUCGUUGACGAAAUUCUGCUUCAACUCCAACUGUAAGGAUGUAUUGGAACGAUCGAGAAAAGGUUGGCGUCGUCGGACCGGCGAGUUCGCUGACCUCUGUGAUCGAUGCGCUUCUGCUUAUGAGGAGGGAAAAUUCUGCGAGACUUUCCACAUGAAUGCUUCUGGUUGGAGGUGCUGUGAGUCUUGUGGGAAGCAAAUACAUUGUGGAUGUAUUGUUUCAUUCCAUACAUUUGUACUGUUGGAUGCUGGAGGAAUUGAGUGUAUAAACUGUGCAAGAAAAAGUUUCAUUUUGACACCAAAUCCUGCAUGGCCACCACCUUCUCUCUUCCUUCCUGCAGUACCUGAAAGAAUUAAAGACCUCUCUAACAAAAAUUGGAGUCAGAUAGCAGCAUCAGGUCCUGUACCAUGGCGACAAGCACCCAGUUUGUUCAGUACUUCUUCCACUCCGUCAGAGUUGCAUAUAAGGAUGCCCUUUGAAGUUGAUAUACCAAUUGGCACUGAUAGACUUAUUGCCGCUGAACGAUUAUCUACCAUUUCUUCAGAAAGGAGGAAAAUAGAGGAUUUGUCUGAAAGGCCAAUGAAUGGAAGCCUGAAGCUUGGUGCAUCAACAGUACUUCAGAAUGGGAAUUCAGGAUCGAACCGUGAGGAGCAACCUAAUGCAAGUGCGAAUAUUCCUCAGCAGUCGUCCUUCCCAAAAAAUGACACAUCUACUCCUCACUUCGGUUUGGCUUUAAGUUCAGCCUCACCAAAUGACUCAAAUGAUCUUGCCCAAGUUUCUGGAACUCAUGCACAGCAACUGACCCAUCCACCUCGAAUGUUAAAGCAAUGGUCUAAUGGAAUCGAGUCAUCUAUUGAAACUCAGGCACGCACUGGAAGGCCUCGAGGAGAUGCCCGGGGACGAAGCAAUUUACUUCCUCGGUACUGGCCCAGAAUAACUGAUCAAGAGUUGCAGCAAAUCUCUGAAGAUUCGAAUUCUGUAAUUACUCCUUUGUUUGAGAAGAUGUUAAGUGCGAGUGAUGCUGGACGGAUAGGGCGUCUAGUGCUGCCAAAAAAAUGUGCAGAGGCCUACUUUCCACCAAUUUCUCAGCCAGAAGGAUUGCCUCUCAAAGUACAAGAUUUGAAGGGGAAGGAAUGGAUAUUUCAAUUCCGAUUCUGGCCCAAUAAUAAUAGCAGAAUGUAUGUUUUAGAGGGGGUCACCCCUUGUAUACAGUCAAUGCAGUUACAAGCUGGUGACAUAGUAACAUUCAGUCGGUUAGAGCCAGAAGGAAAGUUGGUCAUGGGGUUCAGAAAGGCUUCAACUGCUCCAUCAUCCGAUCAGUGCAAUGAAACCAUAGAUACCGGUGAUGGAGUUUCUACACAUGGAGAUGUUAAUAUCAGGAAAACUAAACCCAGUGAAACCAUUUCAACUCAUCGUCAUUUAAAAGGUAAUUCGGUAUCACCUAGCUUUUCAUCAGUCAACCAGGCUAACUCGACAGAUCCAGCAAGUACAUGGUCCAAAGUUGAUAAAUCUGGAUACAUUGCGAAGGAAGCAAUCAGUGCUAAAUCUUCUUUCCGUAUUAAGAGAAAGAGCAGCACCUUAGGUUCCAAGAGCAAACGGCUUAGAAUUGAAAAUGAGGACCUGAUAGAGCUGAAGGUAACACUGGAACAAGCUCAAGGACUGCUUCGCCCACCCCCUAACCAUGUCCCCACUGUUGUGGUAAUUGAAGGAUUUGAGUUGGAGGAAUAUGAGCAGGAUGCACCAAUCAUUGGAAGGCCUAUGAUUUUUGCAACAGAUCCUGUGGGUGAAAAGACCCAGUGGGCUCAAUGUGAAAACUGUCUUAAGUGGCGCAAGGUUCCUGCUGAUACUCUUCUUCCCUCAAGAUGGACGUGCUCUCAAAACUCAUGGGAUCCAGAAAGAUCUUUGUGUUCAGCGACUCAAGAAUUAACAGCAGAAGAGCUUGAAGAUCUGCUACACUCAAGUAAUCGAGUUGCUUCCAAGAAAAUGAAAGCUGCCAAACAGGAUCCAGAUUUGGUUGAAGCUUUGGAGGGGCUCGAUACCCUUGCCAACCUAGCUAUUCAGGAAGAGGGUGAGUCCCUCCCAUCAUCAUCCCAGGCCACAACAAAGCAUCCCCGCCACAGACCCGGCUGUUCAUGCAUUGUAUGCAUUCAGCCCCCAAGUGGGAAGGGGCCUAAACACAAGCAAACAUGCACAUGUAAUGUCUGCUUAACUGUAAAGCGCCGUUUUCGUACACUUAUGUUGCGGCGUGAGAAGAAACAAUCAGAGAAAGAAGCUGAAACUGCACGCCAAAAGCAUCAGCGGCGGCAGCAACUACAGGUGCCUGAUCAAUUGCCUGAUGAUGAUGUCCAGAUCAGUAAUACAGGAAAUGGUAGUCCGAACGAGAAAAUGAUGGUCGAUGAGGAUCCUGAGGAUGAACUAAGCCAGAGAAAAUCCUCCCUUUCACCUUUCAAAGGCCAAAUUGACCUGAAUAUCCAGCCAGAGCGGGAGGAAGAGCUGUCACCAGGUUCAGAUUCUGGCGGCGUGAUGAGGUUGCUCCAGAGAUUGUCAAGCUCAGCAGGUGAUCCGAUUCAGCAGGUUGGAGUUGGAGGUGGAAACUUUAGCAACAGUGUUGCCAUUGGUAGCAAUCAGGAGAAUGCUGAAGCAGAACAUCCGGUAACUUUGUCUAUGAACCCACCAGCGUCCAUGUCAGCUACUGAUAGAUGAAAAGGUACUGUUUUCCCCCAUGCAAUAGUGAAAUCAUCAGAGCGGAUUUUUUUUUUUUCCGUCUUUCCCCCCUUAAAGGAUAGGAUAGCUCUUGUUGUACAUUCAUCGUCAUUGGCAUCCUGCUUCUUCAGGUCUGUACAUAAAGAAGAUAGGUAGGAAGUGAACCAUAUGGUCGAGAAAUCGAUAAUUUUGCUGAUUAAUAUGCUAUGUUUAUCGUCUUUUAUAAAGUAAUUUAAGUGACACCAAAGUUGGAGGGAAAAGCAUCUGGAGCGGCUAGUGGGUUGUAGCUAGUUACGUUCCCUUUCCAAAGCUCACAUUGCGUGUUUCUCUUUUUCUUUCUUAUUCCUUUUCUUCUUCUCUUUCUAGUGAAAUGAAAAUUGCUUUGGGCAAUCUUUCAACUCA